AUGGCAGACCACGCAAAGAACAUCGCACGCUGCAAGCGCCUCAUCCCGCCUCUCUCGCCUGACCUACACAAAGGACAGGCUGGCCGCAUUGGUGUACUGGGCGGGUCGAGGGACUACUCGGGCGCUCCGUACUUUGCUAGCAUGACGACGCUGCGGUUGGGAGCAGACCUUGCGCACGUUAUCUGCGAGGCAGCGGCGGGCAACAUCAUCAAGACCUACUCGCCCGACUUGAUCGUCCACACGGACUUGCACGAGGACAUUACCGAGCAGCAGAUCACGGACUCGCUCAAGGCCGUUCUCCCGCGCUUGCACACGCUCGUGAUCGGUCCUGGCCUCGGCCGCGACCCGCACAUGCAACUCGCCGCAAAAACCGCCAUCUCGCUCGCGCGCGAAAACGACCUCUACGUCGUCCUCGACGCCGACGGUCUCUGGCUCGUGCAGAACGAGCCGGAUGUCGUCAGGGGGUACAAGCGCGCGGUACUGACGCCGAAUGUGGUCGAGUUUGCGAGGUUGGCCGAGAGUUGCAACCUCGACCCCAAGUCGAUGCCGGACACCGAACUCGCAGCGGCCAUCUCGCGCGCCCUCUCCGGCCCAACAAUCGUCCAAAAAGGCCGCGAAGACCGCAUCACCAAUGGCCAGGACACGCUCGUGAAUGCGGUUGUCGGCUCGUCCCGGAGGUGUGGAGGUCAGGGAGACGUGUUGAGUGGUGCGGUUGGGACGUUUUUGGCUUGGGGGAAGAACUAUGAGGAGAGGGAGGCGAAGGAUGAGCAGGACCCAAUCAAGCCCCACGAAAUCACCCUCCUCGCCGCCUACGCCGCCAGUACCGUAACCCGUACCGCCUCGCGCCUCACCUUCGCGAAACACAAGCGCUCGAUGCAGACGGGCGAGAUGCUCGGGUUCGUCGGUCAGGCGUUCGAGGAGGUGUUUGGGACUGAGGAGGUGCAGGAUCAGGGACUGCUUGGGGAGGGGUUUGUUGGGAAGGUGAUUGGGGCGGUUAAGGGGAGUCUUUGA